AUGGAGGGUGAGAAGGUUCUUCUCCGAGUGUCGCCUAUGAAAGGCAUGAUGUGGUUUGGAAAAAAGGACGUCGAGCCCGAGUUUGUUGGGCAAUUUGAGAUCUUAGAGAGAGCUGGGGAGGUUGCUUAUAUGCUUGCAUUGUCUCCUAACCUAGAAGGAGUACAUCCGGUUUAUGAUGUUACUAUACUUGUCUGCAUGUUUGGUUUGGAGCCCGAGGGGCUCGGGAUGGGGGCACAGUUCGCAUUUGCGGCCUGUGUUUUGGAAUUGCAAUGGUCGCAAUUGCGAAUAAGAGUUCGCAAUUGCGGCACCUGCAGUUGUGUAAAAGAGGGAAAAAACUGGACAUAG